UCCGGGCAACAUCAUGGCUGCCGAGUACACACAAAAACCUGAAACAGUGUCGAAUGAUUCGCAAAUCACAUCAGAAAAAUGUUUAGAUGACGAGAAAAACGAUAAAACGGUAAAGCCUACAACAGUGCUUGUUUUCCCCAUAAAAAAGGAAGAGGGCGACGCAAAACAAGCUGUUAAGACUGAUGUUGAUUCGGGGUUAAUAAGUCAUGCAGACUCCAGUAAAAGUCCCGUUCAUUCGGGGUCUACGGCUUCGCAAACGAAGACCGAGGAACCAUCUGUUUCCUCAAAGCUUCAGAUGGAAUGGUCUGAUACAGAGGAGGAUUUGGAGCAAUGUUUGUCCCGCAUCUGUGAAAACAGCGCCAAUGGAGCAGUCACGCCUGAGCUGAAGCAAGAACACAUUCCAACCGAAGCUAGAACAACAUUGAAACAGGAAGAAGAACCAAAGCUGCAGGAUGGUGAGACGGUCUUAACCAAACCUGAAAGCAAAGAACUGACAGAGGUGCAGCCGGCCGCAUCCGAAGAGACGCAGCCGGCCGCAUCCGAAGAAAAAGAAGAUGACCGAGAAAAAGAAGAGUGCAAAGAAGAAGCCACGGGAGAUGCAGAGCAGGAGGAAGAGCAGGAAGCCAUUAAAAAGAAGCAGAGGAAAACCCGCUUGGAGUGCCGCGACUGCGGAAAGUGUUUCACCCGUCGGGAAACCUACAACCUGCACCGCCACUUCCACUCGCACCAGGAUGAACAGGCCUCCCUCACUUGCAAGGAGUGCGGCCUCACCUUCCAGCACAGGAGCAGCCUCAUCAAGCACCGCAACGAGCACAAGGCCGAGUCGGAAAAAGCAUCCGCGUCGCCAGCGAAAAGAUCCAGGAGAUCAGGCAGCAUUGAAGCAGAGAAGGGCAGCAGUGAAUCGGAGAAGGUGCACCGGUGCGAACAUUGCGGGAAGAAAUUCGAGACGCUGGCCAGGCUUCGCACGCACAAUUGUAAGCGGACUCCGGAGAAGCCGUACCGAUGUCCGUUGUGCCGCAAGGAGUUCCAGUACAGAGUGUCCAUCACCGCGCACAUGCAGACCCACUCCCUGGAGUGCCGAUUUCGAUGCCUGGAGUGCAACAAGGGCUUUCAGUCUCCCACGGCUCUGAGGAUUCACCAGCGGUCGCACGCUGCUCUGAAGCCGUACUCCUGCCCGGAGUGCGGGAUGGUCUUCCGGCAUCGCUCCGUCAUGGAAGAUCACCGGCGCAGGCACACGGAGGAGAGACCUUACCAUUGCAUGAUAUGUGGCAAGUACUUCCGGUUAGCCAGCUUGCUGCAUCAGCACCAGUACCUGCACACGGGCAAGAAGCCGUUCCGUUGCCGCGAGUGCGGGAAGGCGUUUGCCUUCUCCCAGAACUUGCGCGUGCACAAUCGCCAGCACCAGAAGCAUCCGCACUGCUGCCCUCACUGCUUGGACACCUUCCCUGACGAGGCCACGUUGCAGCAGCACAUAGCCAGGCACGAGAAAGAGAACGCUCACUAUGGGCAGGAACAACGACUACUCUACAAUUGCCCCCUAUGCUCCCAGGUCUACUACAGACCGGCCGACCUGCGAGUGCACAUGCUGGUGCAUGAAUCGGAGUUUGAAGGCAUGAGUAACGGACUGAAGGAAUUGCGUCCUACGUUUCCCUGCUCUCGGUGUCACCUGACCUUUCUAGACGAGGCGAGUCUGAAAGCCCACGCCGUUACCCACGAGCCUCCGACGUUCGUGAAGAAGGAUGUCCAUGUGGGUCUUGGCGUGGGACGGAAGGAGAGCAUGCCUGGGAGUGGCAUCUACGGCGACCAGAUUGACAAGAAACCCCUGAAGUGCCCGGACUGCGGCCGUGGGUUUCGCCACCGGUCCGUUCUGGAGCUGCACAUGCGCAUUCACACCAAGGACAAACCGUACCGCUGCAACGUGUGCGGCAAGUCCUUCAAGUACAGCAGCUACUUGCAGCAGCACGUCAUCAUUCACACCGGCAAGAAGCCGUACAAAUGCCCCGACUGUGGGAAAGACUUUGCCUUUUUCCAGAACAUGAAGACCCAUCACAGGCUUCACCAGCAGAAGCCGUUUCGUUGCACGCAGUGUCGCAAAGGCUACAGCGACGAAGCACAGCUCAAGACGCAUAUGUUGACCCACAGUGGCGACAAGCCCCACAAGUGCACCAUCUGCGACAAGAGCUUCGGCCUGGUCUACCUGCUGCGCGAUCACAUGAACACUCACACUGGUGAACGGCCCCAUCGCUGCACGGACUGCGGAAAGGCGUUCCAGUGGCUGAGCAGCUUGCUGGUGCACCAGAAGAUCCACUCGCGCAAGUCCGUCCCCUACUCCCACGCUUAUUCCAGUGACGGGCUGAGGAGAGAGAGUGGUGCUGGAGUUCCCCCAACCACGGAAAGCCUGCGACCGGAUUGGCCAAGGUGGGACGGCGCUCAGAGGACGCCGCCGAACACAUACGCUGCGGCCGGGUCACAGGGGCCGGAGUGGCAGGACAGGGCAUCGCAGCAGCAGCCGCAGAGCUUUGGCCGUCAGCCUGAACUGUCAGUGCAGCCACCAGGCACUGCGGUCAACCAGCCCUCGCCGUGGAAGCUGGACCAGCAGCGGGAACAACAAAGGCCAAAAGAAACGGCACCAGCCAAGCCUGUCCUCCAGCAGCCUGUCCAACAGCAGCAGCAGUGGCCAGCGGAGCGGCAAACCCAGGCGGUGCAGAACGUUGGCUGGAUUUCCAUGAUGCCUCCUCAACAGACCACCCAGCAAGCGCAGCAGCAGCAGCAGCAGCAGCAGCAUGCCCAGUCUGAGGCCGGGUCACACUUGCUACAACCUCAAAGCGCUAGCCGGACUGAUCCAUCAUUUUCUGUGAUGUUUACCAGACCCCAACCACCACCAGAGGAGGACACUCUUUCCUGGACCACCAAAGCGUCCCCUGUGCCGGUGCCACACAGCCAAAGCCCAUUGAAGGUAGCUGGGGCUGAGCACAACAGCCAAAAUAGCCCUCCUUCUGUCUUUUGGGGUAGCACUGGUGCCUCUGUGCCUCACACUGCCUCUCGUAAUGCAGGUUCCUCUAAUCUGUCCACAAACGACCAACAGCCUAUGGGUGUAACCUCAGCGCAAACUACUCAGCCUGGGCUGUCCAGUCUACCACCAAUGGAAGAGCCUAAAUUGUGGAGCACUGUAGACAAACAACCGCAGCAGCAGCAGCAGCAGUCUCCUGGCCUAGCAAACCAGCCGUUGCCAUUGAACGCAAGCCCCCUGAUGGACCCUUCUCGCAUUCCCCCUGGUAAAGAUGGCACACUUUGGACAUUCCAGACCACUUCAACCAUUCCCAAAGCUCUGGGUUCACAAGACCUUUCCAGCAGUGCUGUAGAUCAACUCCCGCAGCAGCUAAUGCACCUGCAGCAACAAAAGCUGCAACUGCAGCAGCAGCAGCAACAACUGCAUCUGCAGCAGCAGCAACAAAUGCAGCAGCAGCAGCAGCUACAGAUGCAGCAGCAACAACUGCAACAGCUGCAGAUGCAACAGCAGCAGCAAUUGCAGUUACAACAACAACAAAUGCAACUACAGCAGCAGCAACAGCAGCAGCAGAAGCAAACGUGGGUGACUUCACCCACCUCCAACCCUGUCGCCCUUCAGUAUGGCCCACCUCGUUUCUCACAUGGAGACUCCAGUCCUGCGGUGUGGGGUUUUCAGGCAGCUCCAGCUGGGUCCCAGACAUUGAUGGCAGGACCAAUGCAGCAGGGUGCCGUGCAAGCCCAGUCUCAGCUGCCGUUAAUGACAGGCCCUCAGAUCAUCAUGAACCAGGCCUCGACGUUUCUCUCGCCCACACUCCGCCCACUACCUCCACUCGGCCUGCCAGCUCCGCACCCGCUCCAGAUCCCCAGGCCAGCACCGCCACCGCCACCGCAGAACAUUUUUUUCAGCCCGCAGGGAAUCAUGGGUGACAGGCCCACCCUCAGUCAGACUAGCCCGUUUUCAACGCUGCCACCUCCUCGCACUGAGCUGCCCAGCCUGACCGGCCGCUUGCCUUUCAGCUCCGAUCGCCGCCAGUGUGUGGUCUGCGGCUGUACGUUCGCUCAAGAGGUGGAGCUGCAGAUGCACUACAUGCAGCAUGCGAAAGGAGAAAUCUAAUGACAAAGGGAUGACAAUGGCAGGCAAAGAGUUAAUAAGCUCCGUAGUGAGGUCUGCUUUGACAUUCAUUUAUGUCCUUGUUUAGUGUAAUGAAUCAAGCAUGUUUUUUUUAGUAGGAAGGAAGAUAAUUAAUCACAUAAUUCCACAUUUCAUAUUAAGCUCAUAAGUAUAUUAAAAUUACUUGUUAUUAAUUAUAAGAUGUAAUAAAAAAAGAUUUUGUCAUUAGGGUUUUCUUUGCAUAGGUCUAUGUUAUAUCACAAGGACACAUCUGGCCUACAGGACUUUUUGAUGGACAAAAAGACAUUAAAAUGUUGACAUUGUGCUGAGUGUGUAGGUACAACUUUUUGUAAUUUUGUUUAUAUUUUUCAGGGCCCCAUUUAUUUGCCAAAUAAAUGACUAUGGAAGUGUUAAA